GAUUUCCCCUCUCAUUUGUGUAAAUGAGAUUUACAGUCUUCAUUUUGUGUGGAUCUUGUUGUUUUAGAAUAUUGUACGUAUGUUUUAUAGUAUGAUUUAGGAAAUUGAAAAAAACUCAAAACCUUAUGGAAAUAAAACGAGUUCUCGCACUGUAGCACUCUUUGUUUCUAACGCUGACACCCAUCAUUCUUUUAUCCUUCUUGAGCCUAAUUCCCUUUCUCCCUCAUCUGCAUCUUCAAUUCUAGAGUUUGGGGACACACCAGCAGAUUCAAGAAAAAGAGAAAAAAAUAAGUAUGUAUGAGCUGCAUGACUAUCCCAUCACAAAACAUGUCACAGCAUUUGAAAGGAAGGCUGCAUUGGCAUAUCCAUCCUUGGUGAAGUCUGGUGUUUUUGUGCAAGCCCCUGCAGAGAAAGGAUUUCUGGGCUUGUCUUUUCUCACGGGUAUGGCAAUCUGUAAAACCGCUAUUGCUCCAAUUGAACGUGUGAAACUUUUGAUGCAAAACGAGGGUGCAAUGAUAAAGACUGAGCCGUACAAAGGCAUCCGUAACUGUUUCUGGAGAACAGUAAUGGAUGAAGGAUUUGGCUCUUUGUGGAGAGGGAGCACUGCUAAUGUGAUCCGUUACGUACCAUACCAGGCCAUGAAUUUUGCAAUUCAUGAUGUGCUCAAGCAUCGACUCAACGUAGAAGGAUCUGGGUACUGGUGGUGGUCAGCUGGGAAUCUUGCAGCAGGGUUUUACGCGGGUGGUUUGUCUCACUUAAUUGUUUACCCAGUGGAGUAUGCUCGUACUAGAUUGGCACUGGAUGUGAACAAGGGAGGAGAGAGGCAGUUCAAGGGCGUUGUCGAUGUGUGGAAGAAGACUUUGGCAUCUCAUGGCAAUGUUGGACUGAAACAUGGAUUUAUGGCAUCGUUGAUAGGCGCCUCUGGUUACCGCAGUUUCUACUUUGGAAUGUACGAUUCCUUGAAGCCGGUUGUUCUCACAGGCACGAUGCAGGAUAGUUUCUAUGGCAGCUUUGCCCUGGCCUGGGCAGCGGCAACUGUUGCUGGUUUUAUAACGUAUCCAGUGGAUACUAUUGGGAGACGUAUAAUGAUGAAAUCUGGUGAAUACAAUAGCAUUUACUUGAAUGCCUUCAAGGAUCCUAGGUCUUUAUUCAAGGGCGGUGGAGCAAACAUUCUGAGGGCCGCUGCCGGUGCUGCUGUGCUUGCUGCCUAUGAUAAAUUGAAGCCAUUCGGUCAUUAUGGUGCUGUGCAUACAAAUUUUGAUGAAUGUAAGGACUCUGAUGGUGAGUUGGAGGCAGCGAGUAAUCCCGUCUUCAAUCCUGAGGUUAUAUGAACCUGAUUUUGAAUUGGGUAUCAAGAAUGAUUAUGUUGCUAGUAAAAAGCAACAAUUUGCAUUUUGAGAACAUGAGAGAAAAUUGGAGAUGAAUUUGAAAUCUACCAUAACUAGUUACAUUUACUACAGCCAAAAUGUAAGAAAACUACAUAGGAGGCAGAGAUUUUUCUUCAAAUUCUAAAUCGGAUCAGUUUUUGUUUA